CUGUAGGACAAAUAAUAUUGCCAAUGACACUGCAUUUAGUGAAACCAAAUCAAAUAAAUCUAGUUUUAACCAAAUUGAGAGUAGUUCACAAAGGUCGGCUAAGAUUGGAUGUUACAACAUGAGUGAGAGUUGCUCAAAUAAAUCAAGUGCCGAUGGAGCCCCAAUGGGGCACAAUAAUCAGUUACCCCCUCUGCCUAGAAUUGAAAGGAAGUCAAGAAAGUCGACUCAGGUUGGGAGUUACAACACAAGUGAGAGUUGCUCAAAUAAAACAAGUGCCGAUGAAGCCCCAAUGAGGCACAAUAAUCAGUUACCCCCUCUGCCUAGAAUUGAAAGGAAGUCACAAAAGUCGACUCAGGUUGGGAGUUACAACACAAGUGAGAGUUGCUCAAAUAAAACAAGUGCCGAUGAAGCCCCAAUGGGGCACAAUAAUCAGUUACCCCCUCUGCCUAGAAUUGAAAGGAAGUCAAGAAAGUCGACUCAGGUUGGGAGUUACAACACAAGUGAGAGUUGCUCAAAUAAAACAAGUGCCGAUGAAGCCCCAAUGAGGCACAAUAAUCAGUUACCCCCUCUGCCUAGAAUUGAAAGGAAGUCACGAAAGUUGACUCAGGUGGGGAGUUACAACACAAGUGAGAGUUGCUCAAAUAAAACAAGUGCCGAUGAAGCCCCAAUGAGGCACAAUAAUCAGUUACCCCCUCUGCCUAGAAUUGAAAGGAAGUCACGAAAGUCGACUCAGGUUGGGAGUUACAACACAAGUGAGAGUUGCUCAAAUAAAACAAGUGCCGAUGAAGCCCCAAUGGGGCACAAUAAUCAGUUACCCCCUCUGCCUAGAAUUGAAAGGAAGUCACGAAAGUCGACUCAGGUUGGGAGUUACAACACAAGUGAGAGUUGCUCAAAUAAAUCAAGUGCCUAUGGAGCCCCAAUGGGGAACAAUAAUCAGUUUUCCCCUCUGCCUAGAAUUGAGGACAUUAACAAGGAUUGCCAGGUGAAAAAUAAGAAAAGCAGGGUUCAAAACGCUCGGCAUAGGCCCCCAACUAUACCAAACCCUCCCCCUCCCCAGCACCCUCCCCCACCUGAGGAGGCGAUAACAAGGGCAAAAAGUCGAAAAUAUGACCCCAGGGGGCGCCGGUAUUCUUGUAGCUCUAUGCCAGGCCUACCUUUCAAUAUGCGAAAAACACCACAAAUGGGAGUACUCAGAACAUGUCAAAGUAAAAACCAAUUAAAAGAAAGUUCAGAAAAAAAGGAUCUACUCUCCACUCUGUUUGACACCAGUGCACCCAAUGGUGUUGUCUAUCUUAGUCAAAUUAAAGACAAUCGACAAAUCAGUUGGAUAUUAAAUCAGGACUCGGGUGAUCAGGCACAGAGUGCUAUGGACCCAAUUUCGCACCCUCAAGAGGAACCAAAAGCCAAAGGAGGUAAGAGUCACUACCUACAAUCACCUUAUAAAAGUCACCUCCAAUCCCACAGUCAGGCAAUACAUCAUUGUGGAGCGAAAUCUGAUGUUGGCGCUCGUCCCAACAUUGACCGCUAUGCCUGUAGCAAUGGAAGUGAACAUUUUGACUUACAACAACCAUAUAAAAGUCACCGCCAAUCCCACAGUCAGGCAAUACACCAUCGUGGAGCGCAAUCUGAUGUUGGCGAUCAUCACAACAUUGACCGCUAUGCCUGUAGCAAUGGAAGUGAACAUUUCAACUUACAAUCUCCAUAUAAAAGUCACCCACGAUCCCACAGUCAGGCAAUACACUAUCGUGGAGCGAAAUCUGAUGUUGGCGCUCAUCCCAACAUUGACCGCUAUGCCUGUAGCAGCGGAAGUGAACAUUUUAACUUACAAUCUCCAUAUAAAAGUCACCCACAAUCCCACAGUCAGGCAAUACACCAUGGUGGAGCGAAAUCUGAUGUUGGCGCUCAUCCCAACAUUGACCACAAUGCCUGUAGCAACGGAAGUGAACAUUUAAACUUACAACAGCCAUAUAAAAGUCACCCACAAUCCCA